GUAAAUACUUACUUACACAUUUUGAGGUUUACGUACGUAUAGAUUAUUCAAACGUUGCGUUUAAUUAGUACUUGGUUAUUAGAAUGGACGAAGAACAGCACGAAAGUGCAUCCCGAUCACGUCCACGACAAAUUUACAAUUCUUAUACAUACGAUCCAAUGAGAUCGUGGAGCUGGAAUCGCCAUAGGGAACGAGCGAUGCGUCCUUACGAAAUGUCGUGGAGAACUUCCCAGCCCUCGUCUUUUUCAUCGUCGUCAUCGCUCUUAUCGUCUCCGACACCCUGGCGGCACGUUUCGUCAUCCGCGGCCAGCAGAGAUGACAGAACCUUUGCUCCUAUUGACACUGCCAAUGAAACUCAAAUGGUUAGUCCGACAAGUUCAGACGCCAAACAAAAGUCUCCAAUAGAAUCACCAGAAUCCUAUAACUCGGUACAACCUUGGAAGGUUGAACUUUUUGAAGCACUGCAGCAGUCGCAGUCCCUACCAAGUGAUACUCAACCAAUUGCAGCGUCAAUUCCUAAUGUUCCUAAAAGUCAAGAAAUGCAGCACAAUCACUUCAACGAUCAGCAAGACUCGAGUAAAACUCCCUUCACCACUGCUUCUUAUCCAAGAUUAGAUCAGUUAAGUUGGCGGUUACGUGGUUGGUUUGAUCAGGUACCUAGAUCCACUGCAACUACUACUUUACAUGAACAACCAUUACCUGAGUCGGUAGUUUCUACCAGCUCUAUGACAAAUUCACAAGCACCACACACAGCUACAAGUCAAGCACGGUCCAAAUCAUGGCAAAAUAAUGUAACUUGCGCUCGAAGAAAGAUGAUGGUUCACAGAAUGGUUACAAACUUGAGGAAAACUCACCACAUUCGAAGAUGUAAACAGAUCAUUAAUGAAAUUGAGAAAGAAGUAUUUAACACUGCAAGUUCGGCACAAGAGUAUAUGAACGUUAUAGUUAGUAGAUGUGCUUCACUUGCAAAUGAACAAAAAGCGAUUUCACCUAAUCUGACAAAUUUGCGAGAUAGGGCACAUUCGUUGUUGAACUAUCCUUAUGUUGACAGUCAGAGUAUCAAUCAAAAUAGUAGCAGUAACGUUGUAGCCCCAGAAAACGACAGUCAUGUGACAUGGCCUAGAGACGAGACGGCUGCAGAAAAUUCACGGCCGAGUAAUAAUCCUACGAUUGGUUCUUCUGGAGUUUCACCUGAUUUUAGUCUGUCCUACUUUGAAAAUAUUUUUCAAAACCACUAUCAACCUGUGUCUCAGCCGCCAAACCGACCAUCAGCGUCAUCAACGUCAUCGUCAUAUACGUCGAACAGUAUAUUAACUAGUAACGAACCUCGUUCCGAGCCAUGUUUGACGUCGCCAUGGCACACGACUAUAAGUAGUAACAGCAAUUCAAAUGCUGCAGCUCCAGUGCCAAUAAUGCCGGAGAGAGCUGCUUUGGCUCUACAACGAAUCAAUAGAAUUCGAUUAGAAAUAUGGAAGAACUUGCGAGACACAGCCAAUAGUAACAAUAGUAAUAGAGCAUCGGUAUUGUCGAGAAGAGAAAGAUUUGUCAAUCGUAUUACGAACUUGAGAACAAAUCUUUAUUACUCGGAUUAUGAAGAACCUUUCACUUUAGCUCCUGAGUCUAGACUAAGUUAUAAGUCAGUGGAAUUUCAUAAAAUACUGGCCGUUGCAAAUAUUUUAAAAAUGAACUGGAACAUAUAUGGAAUGAAGCGGCUGCCGGGUCAUCUUCGUUGUAGUAGUCGCAACUGCAACGUCGAGAAACCAUGUAUUCAUCGUCGCCUUGCCAAUUCUGUCUUAAAACACGAAGCAGCAGCUUCAGCGUGAUUACAUGCUGUUCUGCGUUCCUUCAACUCUCAAGCCAUUACUACGAUAGAUUGUUCCUCACGUUCCACAGAUUUUAUUUUCAAAGCAGUUUUUAUUUUUUUACUGGGAUCGAGUCAACAACUAAUGGCCAACAGCUGAUUCGCCAUUUGUGAAUCUAAUAAGCGUUACGAGAUAAAAGAAUCGAGUCUUGUUGAUCAUCUUUGACAUACCAAAAUUUCGAUCUCACAAGAAAGCUUGUGGCUUGUAAUAUAGAUUACAAUGGAAAUCCAAUGAAAAAAUUACCAUUUAAACGUUAUGUAUGCAUUGCUAUUAUAUUUCUUUAGUAAUCAUUGAUUGUUCGUGUACAACGAUCAAUUUAGGAUGUAGCACUGUUUUACUUACUUCUAGUUUAAAGCAAUGAAAAUUGUUUUUUUGUAUUUUUAAAUUUCUUAAAUCUUUAAAAAAAUUUCAAAAACUUAUGACGGAAUACGUUCCAUCGUCGUUACGUUGCCUUGUGUUUUAUUUUACAACUAGUUUUUUUUUUGUUUUUUUUUUGUUUUGUUAUUUCUUGCAAAAUCUUGCGAGCAUUCAAACGAUUUAAAAAAAUCAUUGUACUUGUGCUGCUGCUGCUCACAAGUUUCAAAUAUUUAAUCAAUAAACGACCAAAUAUCUUACACUG